GGACCUUCCUCCCACGCGGCCCUUAUUUCCCACACUACCCCGCGCUUCUUCCUUCUUUCUCUCUCUCGCUUUCGGCCUCUUCCGGUCGGUGGAGUGCCUGUUAGCGCAGGCUGCGGUGUAAAGAUGGCUAAGUCUAAGAACCAUACCACCCACAACCAGUCAAGAAAGUGGCACAGAAAUGGCAUCAAGAAACCUAGGUCACAGAGAUACGAGUCUCUGAAAGGGGUUGACCCCAAGUUUCUGAGAAACAUGCGCUUUGCCAAGAAACACAACAAGAAGGGACUGAAGAAGAUGCAGGCCAACAAUGCCAAAGCCAUCAAGGCCCGAGCAGAAGCCAUCAAAGCCCUGAGCACCAAGGUCUCCAAGGCCAAGCUCCUCAGGCACAAGAUGCCCAAGAUCCCCAAGGCCGGUGCCCGGCGUGCUGGCCUCAAGAUGGCCACCAAGCGUCCAGGCCCUAGGGUCGGCAUCAAACGCCCAGGCCCCAAGAUCACAAAGCCUGCCUCUAAGGUUGCCAGGACCACUGACCCCAAGGCCGCCAAGUCUGCCGACAAGGUCAGUAAAUCUGAUCCCAAGGCUGCCAAGUCCGGCCCCAAGGCUGCCAAGUCCGGCCCCAAGGCUGCCAAGGUCGGCCCCAAGGCAGCCAAGUUCGGCCCCAAGGCAGCCAAGUCCGGCCCCAAGGCAGCCAAGGUCGGCCCCAAGGCAGCCAAGUUCGGCCCCAAGGCAGCCAAGUCCGGCCCCAAGGCAGCCAAGUUCGGCCCCAAGGCAGCCAAGUCCGGCCCCAAGGUAGCCAAGUCCGAUCCCAAGGCUGCUAAGCCCGAUCCCAAGGCUGCUAAGCCUGCUGAGUCCAAACCCAAAGAUGCUGAGGCUAAAGCUGCAAGUCCCAAGCCUUCAAAAUAGAUGCUUCAUUCAGGACAGAAGGACUUGUUUAAACCCUCAAAACACCCAUUUUUCUCAACUUGUAUGGUUAUUCACUGUUUUGUACAAAUAAAGGAAAUGGUGAGUCAUCA